AUGUACAACGGCGACUCGACGGGCAGAGAGACGGAUGCCCUUUUGGAGAAAGGCGCUUAUAAAGGGACGGGCAAUAACGAGUACGGGGACGGGCAGGAUGUUGUAACGGGGGGGAGAAGGCUUGUGCGGAUAAGGGAGGGGAUGUUAGCAGUGGGCGCAGAGAAGGGCGUGCCACGUGGCGUCGUAAUAUUGGUUGUCGUGUUCCUGGACCUAUUUGCAGUUGGCAUGGCCAUGCCGCUCGUUACGUCGCUAAUCAAGGAGCUAGGUCGGCUUCCUCUCGUCUACAUAUGGAGCUGUGCAACUCGUUACUGGCCCAUUCUUGGUCUGCUGAGUGACAGCAUGGGCAGGCGGGUUGUGAUUCUAAUGUCGUAUGCUGGCGCAGGGGCGAGCUACCUGCUUCUAACGAACACCUGUUGCCCUCUUCCCUCGCUCUCCGCGUGUCCUCUCUCUCAGAGUCUGUUGAGUUACAGCAUGGGCAGGCGAACGGGUCUGCUGAGUGACAGCAUGGGCAGGCGGGUUGUGAUUCUGGUGUUAUAUGCUGGCGCAGGGGCGAGCUAUCUGCUGCUGGGGCAGAGCAGCAGUGUCACGGAGAAGGGGGGGGGGGGGGGGCUGGUGCCGCAGAUCCCCUCCCCUCCCACUGCUGCACUCGCAGCAGGGGGUAGGUCCCCUCCCCCAACUGCCGCAUCCGCAGCAGGGGGAUGGCAGAUCGCUUCCCCCCCACUGCUGCACCCGCAGCAGGGGGAGGGCACCGGGGCCGCGGUUAGGGGCGGCAGGUCGCGAGGGGCCAUGGCUAGGGGCAACGGGGCCAUGGCUAGGAACGGGGCCGGGCGCUGGGCAGGUACGGGGCCGGGUGCUGGGCUAGGGACGGGGCCGGGUGCUGGGCAGGUACGGGGCCGGGCGUUGGGCAGGUACGGGGCCGGGCGCUGGGCAGGUACGGGGCCGGGCGCUGGGCAGGUACGGGGCCGGGCACUGGGCAGGAACGGGGCCGGGCGCUGGGCAGGUACGGGGCCGGGCGCUGGGCAGGUACGGGGCCGGGCGCUGGGCAGGUACGGAGCCGGGCUCUGGGCAGGUACGGGGCCGGGCGUUGGGCAGGUACGGGGCCGCGCGCUGGGCAGGUACGGGGCCGGAGCGCGGGCCAAGUACGGGGCCGGGCGCGGGCGUUAUACGGGCCGGGCGCGGGCUAGGGACGGGGCCGGGUGCUGGGCAGGUACGGGGCCGGGCGCGGGCUAG